UUUUGUUUUAUUAACACCAAACAAACGUGAUUUUAAAUUAUUCAUUUCUCUUCAUUAUUUUUUGUUAAAAUUUUCGUAAAUUUUCAAGCACUGCAUAAUUUUCUUUUUCGUGGCGAUCUUUCAAGGAACGAGUGUUCAAAAGCGUAUAGUGCAUGAAUAAAUUAGUUUUGUUAUGGCUACCAGCAGUUCAGACGAAAGUAGCACUGCUCCAAAAGAUUUUCAUAUUUCCUCAUCUAUAGACAGUGGCAGUCGUUUAAGUUUACCCAGACAGAAGUGUUUGUUGUGCUCUAGUUCCCGAAAAGUGUUUUAUUGCAAAGAUUGCAUUCACAGUGGCCUAUUUUAUUCGUCAAAACAUCAAGCUUCAGAAAGUUACUUGGAUAAGCGGAAGACGUUGCUUGAAUUAGAAGAUAAUAAAAAAAUACUCGAAAAGAAGUGUCUUAAACAUUUUGAAUUUCGACAAAAAGCUGAUGUAUUGCAUUCGAAAAUUAGGCAGUAUAAAGAUAGAAACAGAAUUAUUAAACUUGCAGUCGAAGAAAAAAAGCAAAAACGUCUCAAAUACAUUGCCGACUUAACCAAGUUGAAGGAAGAAGUGAAACGUACGUCGGAGAAGUUAUUAAAAUAUGAUCAAAAGGUGGUACAAGUUGAGCUAUGUGCCGCUGAUAAACGAGAAAAAGUUGAAAAACAACAAGAACAAUUAGAGCAGAACCAUCAAGAGAUAAUGGGGCUUGUGAGACUACGAAUUGAUCAACUGAAAAACAUAUUUCCAAUUACGAAAGUGGAACCAAAACUAGAGGAGGAAUCUUUAGAAUCGGAUAUGGUUAGUGCUAUUGCAGAAGCAUCACAAACGAUGUAUGUUAGAGAUCGUUGGGAAUAUGCAGACUUCCCAACUGAUUUUAAUGAAUUGCAAUAUUCAAUUGUGGAACCUUGUUUGCCUGGUUCUGGAAACUAUUCACUAUAUAAUAUCUGGGUAUCCAAAAACAAGGACGCAGUUCCAGUAAAUCCGAAUCCCGAUCUUGUCGAACACAACCCGGCUUACAACAUCAGCGCAGCACUCACUUACACUGCCCAACUCAUCAACGUUUUGGCAUUCUAUUUCAACGUCCGGUUGCCAUACAGGAUGGUCUACAGUGAUUUUUGCGGGGGUUACAUGGAUGAAGCUCAGUUCACGCGAAGAGUGGCCCGUCUCAAUGCUAACGUGUUAUAUUUAUGUUUCUCGCAAAACAUUGAUUUGUCCAAUUUAAAAGCCUGCGAAACAAUUCACAAUAUUCUGAAACUGAUGGACACAAGUAAUCCCAAUCUAGGGAGGCAAGGUCCGUUUGAAGUUGAUUCUCGGAAAGCGGAUUCGCUUGAGAAGCCUAUAACGAGAGAUCUGGAGUUUAGUGGCGAUAACACGGAUUCGGACGAAGGGGAUAGUUUUCACAGAGAAUGGGAAACUGUACCACAUAUUCCAUGCGCUGAUGUUCCUGUUGCUUCACCUGUGGUACAGUCUGCGCAGAUGAUCACUACGCAACAGGCUACCAGUGUGGCAGGAGGUCUGGUGACUAGUGCUGCAGCUAGCAUUGCUUCAAUGUGGAGAGGAAUUACUGGUUUAAGAUAGUUUUUUCUUUGUAGUUGUUAUUGUUAGAUUAGAGAUUCGUUCUUUCUUUAAUUCCAUCACUAAUGUUGGUAGAAGGAUAAAUUAAGUUUGUUUGAAAAUACGUCUAAAACGAUUGUUUCAUAUUAACGACUGAAAGUUUGACUGCAUUUUAAACAGACUCUUUGUAAUAUAUUUCAGAUAAAUAUUUUUUACACGUUUGGUGGUGAUAAAUUGUAACCGUUAUAGUACAUGGAGCCUUUUAAAAUGUACUUAGUUUGUUAAUAACAGAUAACUUUCUGCUUAUAAAUAUGUCAGGUAGCAGUUACUUUUAAUAUUGCACAAAUUAGUUCCUAAUUAAUCAUAAUUAUUUUUAACAAAAUUGGAGGGUAAUUUUCGUAUGUGUAUGUAAUUGACAAGAACCAUGAAAAUUGCUAUUAAAGUAUUUUGUAACCAGAAAAUUUAAGUUAAGGUUUUGUAUAUAAUUACAAAUUACGGUCAUAACGUUCUCGUCCACUUGACCUCAGAGACCACAGUUUUUUAUCCAUUGAUUUUUGUAUUGUAAAUAUUAUUUGUUCGUUCUUCAUACGUCAAUAUUUUUGAAGCAAUUUUUUUUAUGUAUACUCUUAGAAUGUUUGAGAUAGAAGUGUUUUAUAAUUAGAUCAUAAUCUAUUGUGAUAUAUUAAAAAAAGUUGUACAUUUUUACUAUUAAGUGUAUGUUAAAUUAUAUAUUUUAAAUAAAUACAAAAAUAUACUAUAUUUA